AAGGUCUAUUCGUACUAUAUAAACUAGAACACUGGGCCACUUAAUCACAGUCAAGUGUUCCAGCUUCACUUACAUAUCUACUUCAAUAAUGAACGCUUUGUUGGUCUCGUGUUUGGCUUUGGCCACCUUUGCCUACGCCUUUCCCUCUGGUGAAGAAGGAGUCAUCCUGAAAGGCCCUUCUGGAAUUGUGACCAACCACGGCCCUAUCGGCCCAGCUGGGUCUGAAAUCGACGAUGGUUGGGAGGGUGGUGAGGGUGAGGGUUUGGAAGGUGGUCGAGGACUGGGCGAGGGUUGGGGCCAUGGUAUAGUGUUGGCCGCCCCUAUUGCCGUGGAACACAGUCUUGGAGUCAUCACCAAAGGAGGUGGUACCAUUGGAGUCAGCGAACACGGGGCUGCCAUCAGAGGACCCCCAACCGCCCCCGUUAUCGUGGCUGGACCUUCCGGAAAAAUUAAAGCCGAUGGCCUUUGGGGACCCACCAAGAAUGUGGGACUCAAAUGGGGUCAUGGAUGGUAAUUUGCACGGCAUUGGCGUUCGUUGUGGAUCAUGGAAUAGUUACUUGUAUUAUUUAAGUCACAAUUGUAUCUCAUCACUCUCAUAUAAGUGUUAGCGGUUUUUUAGAUCUUGUAGAUACUGUACAUAAGUAGAAAUAAAUUGUUUUCAGUGUUUA